UCUGUCCUUCCUUCUCCCAUUUCACUUCCAUUUUCAUUUUUCAUCGAUCAAUCAAUCAAUCAAAUAUCAAUCGCGAAUCGCGAUGCCGGUUUUCCUCUCCGACGAGGAAUUCGCCGGCCUCCGCCACGACGGCGCCGCCGUGGCGGAGAGGGCCGACGCCUUCAUUCGCGACCUCCAGAGAGAGCUCGAGACCCUCAGGGCUCACUCCGACGCCGCCGCCAUAACCGCCGAGCAAACCUGUUCUCUCCUCGAAAACAAGUUCCUAUCUCUCUCAUCCGACUUCUCUCUCCUCCAAUCUGAAAACGCGCAACUCCAGUCCUCCCUCGAUCAUUCCGCUUCCGACCUCGCCGAAGUCCAGUCUCAGAAGCACCAGCUUCAUCUCCAAAUUAUUGAAAAAGAUGGGGAGAUUGGAAGGCUUAAAACAGAGGUUUCGGAGUUCCAUAAGUCGAAAAGGCAGUUGUUAGAGUUGGUGGAGCAGAAGGAUUCAGAGAUUAGUGAAAAGAACCUCACCAUCAAGAGCUAUCUUGAUAAGAUUGUUAACUUGACUGACAAUGCUGCGGAAAGGGAGGCUCGGCUGAACGAGAUUGAAGCAGAGUUGGCACGAUCCCAGGCUGCCUGUACUCGUCUUUCGCAGGAGAAAGAGCUUAUUGAGAGGCAUAAUACAUGGCUUAAUGAUGAGUUGACAGCCAAAGUUGACGAACUGAUUGAGUUGCGUAGGAAACAUGCUGAUGUGGAGGCAGAUUUGUCUUCCAAGCUUACACAUGCUCAGAGACAAUUCGAUGAAUGUUCUAGCUCUUUAAAAUGGAACAAGGAUCGGGUGGUAGGGCUUGAAAUGAAGCUAACCUCAUUGCAGGAGGAGUUACGAUCAACGAAAGAGGUGGCUGCAGCAAACGACGAGCAACUCUCAGCUGAACUAUCAAUAGCAAACAAACUUGUGGAACUAUACAAGGAAAGUUCUGAGGAAUGGUCCAAAAAGGCAGGAGACCUUGAAGGCGUGAUCAAAGCCUUGGAGACACAUCUUAGUCAAGUUCAGAAUGAUUACAGCGAAAGACUUGAAAAGGAAGUAUCUGCAAGGCAUCAAUUUGAAAAGGAGGCCGCUGAACUGAAAGUAAAACUUGACAAAUGUGAAGCUGAAAUUGAAACGAGCAGGAAAGCAAAUGAGUUGAAUCUUCUUCCUCUCACUAAUUUUACGACUCAAACAUGGAUCAGUUCAGUUGACACUAAUGACAUGCUUGAGAACGACCACAUGAUUGUUCCCAGAAUUCCAGCAGGUGUUUCGGGAACUGCAUUGGCAGCUUCACUUCUGCGUGAUGGCUGGAGUCUUGCUAAAAUGUAUGCAAAGUACCAAGAAGCUGUUGAUGCCUUGAGGCAUGAGCAGUUGGGUAGAAAGGAAUCUGAGGCAGUACUGCAACGGGUUCUUUAUGAACUAGAGGAGAAAGCUGAACUGAUUUUGGAUGAAAGAGCCGAACAUGAGAGAAUGGUUGAGGCAUACUCUUUGAUCAACCAAAAACUGCAAAUAUCAAUUUCUGAACAGGAAAACUUGGAGAAAACGAUCCAGGAGUUGAAGGUUGAUUUAAGGAGGCAUGAACGUGACAAUAAUCUUGCUCAGAAGGGGAUAGCUGACCUCCAGAAACAGGUGACCGUUCUUCUAAAGGAAUGCCGGGACAUACAGAUUCGUUGUGGGUCUUCAAUGAAAGAUAUUGUGAAUGAUGCUUCUUCCAUUGUUCAUUUUGAAAUGACUACAGAUUCAGAUGCUGAGAAAGUCAUAUCUGAACGUCUUUUAACUUUCAAGGACAUAAAUGGACUGGUAGAGCAAAAUGCCCAGCUCAGGAGUCUUGUUCGCAAUCUUUCUGAUCAGAUUGAAAACAAGGAGUACGAAUUCAAGGAAAAACUAGAAAUGGAGCUCAAGAAACAUACAGAAGAAGCUGCAUCAAGAGUUACAGCAGUGUUACAGAGAGCUGAAGAACAAGGACGCAUGAUUGAAUCCCUUCACACAUCUGUUGCAAUGUACAAAAGGUUGUAUGAAGAGGAACACAAACUCCAUUCGACUCCUCCUCUUUCCAUAGAGGCUCCUCCAGAAGAUGGAAGAACCAGUCUCAAGUUGCUUCUUGAAGGUUCUCAGGAAGCUGCUAAAAGGGCCCAAGAGAAGGCCGCAGAGCGAGUGAAAUGUCUUGAAGAAGAGCUGGAAAAAUCUCGGAUGGAGAUCACAUCUUUACGGUUAGAGCGUGACAAGUUGGCUUUGGAAUCAAAUUUUGCUAGAGAGAGACUUGACAGUUUUAUGAAAGAAUUUGAGCAUCAGAGAACUGAAACCAAUGGUGUUUUAGCGAGGAACGUGGAAUUCUCACAGAUAAUAGUUGACUACCAAAGGAAGCUGCGUGAAAGUUCUGAGUCUUUGCAUGCUGCAGAGGAGCUUUCUAGGAAGUUGAAUAUGGAGGUUUCUGUUCUGAAGAACGAAAAGGAAAUGCUAGUAAAUGCAGAGAAGAGGGCUUUAGAUGAAGUCCGUAAUUUGUCGCAGAGGGUCCAUCGCUUGCAGGUUAGUUUGGAUACUAUUCAGAGUACAGAGCAAGUUCGUGAGGAGGCAAGAGCGGCAGAGAGGAGAAAACAGGAAGAGCACACAAAACAAAUUCAGAGGGAAUGGGCUGAGGCUAGGAAAGAGCUGCAAGAAGAGCGGGAUAAGGUUAGAGCUCUAACUCUUGACCGUGAACGGACCUUAAAAAAUGCCAUGAGACAAGUUGAAGAAAUGCAAAAGGACUUGGCUAAUGCAUGGAGUACUGUUAGGACUGCAGAGACGAGAGCAGCUGUAGCAGAGGCCAAACUCUCUGAUUUGGAGAAAAAGAUUAAACCUUCAGAUAUUCAGGAUAUUGAGAUGAAUGGUGCGGCUGGAUCGUCCUCCUUUUCAAGCAGUGAGGUUCUUGCUGAUUUGCGGGCAGCAAAGGAGGAGAUUGAGAAAUUGAGAGAGGAAGCACAGGCUUACAAGGAUCACAUGCUACAGUAUAAGAACAUAGCUCAAGUGAAUGAAGAUGCCCUAAAACAGAUGGAACGUGCCCAUGAAAACUACAAAGUUGAGGCCGAAAAGCUAAAGAGAUCACUAGAAGCUGAACUUCUUUCACUUAGAGAGAAGGUCUCAGAACUUGAAAAUGAAUCUAGUUUGAAGUCUGAAGAAGUGGCUUCUGCAGCUGCAGGGAAGGAGGAGGCUCUUUCUUCUGCUUUAACAGAAAUCGGAAGUCUAAAAGAAGCGAACUCAGCCAAAGCGUCUCAAAUUGUGACAAUGGAGAUCCAGAUUUCUUCUUUGAAAGAAGACUUAGAGAAGGAACAUCAGCGAUGGUGUUCUGCUCAGGCUAAUUACCAGAGACAUGUUAUCCUCCUGUCGGAGACAAUUCAAGAAUUGAAUAAAACUUCAAAGGAUUUGGGUUUGCUCCAAGACGAAGCAUCUGAGCUGCGUAAAAUGGUUUAUGUGCAGAAAAGAGAAAAUAGUGAACUAAAGACAAAGUGGGAAAUUGAGAAGGCAGUUAUAGAGCAAUCCAAGAAUGAUGCUGAGAAGAAGUACAAUGAACUUAAUGAACAGAACAAAAUUCUGCACAGCAGACUCGAGGCUCUACACAUUCAAUUGGCAGAGAAAGAUCGUUUUUCUUCUGGACUGUCUGGAGGAAGUGCUGGUUCAGAUACUUCCACUGAUUCCGGUUUACAGAGUGUGAUAAAUUAUCUGCGGCGGUCAAGAGAAAUUGCAGAGACGGAGAUUUCUUUACUGAAACAAGAAAAACUGCGAUUGCAGUCACAGCUUGAGAGUGCUCUGAAGGCUGCAGAAACUGCCGAAUCGGCACUUCAAGCUGAGCGUGCAACGUCAAGAUCAAUCAUAUUUACAGAGGAGGAAAUGAAAUCAUUUCAACAACAGGCUAGAGAAAUGACCUUACUUCGUGAAAGCAAUGCUCAACUUAGAGAAGAAAACAAACAUAAUUUUGAGGAGUGCCAGAAAUUGCGUGAAGUGGCUCAAAAAGCUAAUGCUGAGACCCAGAACCUAGAAAGACUCAUAAAGGAGAGUCAGAUUCAGGUGGAAGCCUGUAAAAAAGAAAUUGAAAUACAGAAGUUGGAGAAGGAAAACCUAGAAAAGAGGGUAUCUGAGUUACUUGAAAGGUGUAGGAAUAUUGACAUGAACGAGUAUAAUCGCUUGAAAGAUGAUGUUCAGCAGAUGCAGGAAAAUCUAAAAGCUAAGGAUUCUCAGAUUGAGGAAAACAAGAGACUUCUCUCUGAAAGGCAGGAAACCAUAUCACUGUUGGAGCAAGACCUUUCUAACUGUAGACUAGAAUUGACGGAGAGGGAGAAAAGGUUGAACGAGAGUUUGCAAGCUGAGGCUAGUUUGAAGUCAGAAGUGGAGAGGCAAAAGAAGAUGGUUUUUCAGCUAAAGAGGAGGCUUGAUUGUUUGUCAAAGGAGAAGGAGGAACUGAGCAGAGAGAAUCAAGCUCUUACUAAGCAAUUGGAGGAACUCAAGCAAGCAAAAAGAUCUGGUGGGGAUAGUUCUAGUGAUCAGGCCAUGAAGGAGGAGAAGGACACUAGAAUUCAGAUUCUUGAAAAGCACAUUGAGAGGUUAAGAGAGGAAUUGAAGGCAGAAAAAGGGAAGCGUGUGAAGAAUGAGAAGUUAGUGAAGAAUUCUUAUGAUAACGUUGAGCAGGAAAAGACAAAAUUUGUAAAUGAAUUGGAGAAGCACAAGCAAGCUUCAAUGCGACUGGCAGAUGAACUUGAAAAGCUUAAGCCUGCCAAAGAAAGUCUUCCAGAGGGUAUAUCAUUGACUCAGCAACCAUCUGGAACUGCAUUGGAUGAUCGCGUAAAUGCUUAUGUCUUGGCUGUUGAAAAUUUUGAAAAAACAGCACGUGCAGUUUCCAUUGAGCUUGGAGCCCUCGCUGUUCCUACAGACGCUCCAAAUCCACCUGUUGAUUCUACAGUUGCAGCUACAACUGGUCUUGUAGCACCUGCUCAACCCCCUGGUAUUUCAUCUUCUGUGGGUCCAGCUACAAGUGUUCCUGCCAAAUCAACUGAAGAAAGUGAAAAGAGAUACAUUGCACCCAAAGCUAAUGUUGAAUCUCGCAAAAUGCCAAGAAGGUUGGUUAGGUCACGUCUUGUAAAACAAGGAGAACAACAACAAGGUGAUACAGGUCUUGUAAAACGAGAAGAACAACAAGGUGAUACAGAGAUGUCUGAGAUAGAAGGGCCCAACAAUGGUGGCAAGACUGCUCCUCCCAGUGAUGCAGAAACUCAAGGCAAUGUCUCUUCUCUGCCUCUGACGCAAACACUGGCUCGAAAACGUCUGGCUUCGUCUUCUUCUGCUUUUGGUUCUCAUGAAGAAUCGGUUGCCCAAGUAGAAACUGGCCCCGAUGUGGCAGCGCCGUUAACGAAGAAAUCAAAAGGUUCAGAUUCCUUGCCAGUUAGUGGCGAGGGGCAAGCUUCUUCUACUCUGGAAAAUCUCGAUACUCUUCCGGUCAUCGAAGAAUCCAUUGAUAUUGGUGAUAUGACUCAAGCUUCAAAUGAGGAAGUUGCCAUUGAUGCUGAAAAGGAGGAGGCUGAUACCACCGAGGAUAAAGCUGAGGAGCCAAGGGAGCUGCAGUUAGCUGAGGCAAGUCAAGUUGAAAAUUCGCAAGACGACAACAUUGUUUUGGAAGAGAACUUGGAAGGAGCUGGUGGGAAAGAGAUGGUCUCUGAUGAGGGAGCACAUGAUCUGGCUGAUCUUGAGAACCUACAACCCAUGAUAGAAACUGGAAGCGAGAGAGAAGAGGGAGAGCUGGUGCCCGAUGCUGCAGAACUUGAGGGAACCGUUGAUGUAGCACCCAGCCCUGAACUAGUAGGCGAAGGGCAACCAGAGCCAUCAGUAACUCCAGCGGCUUCACCAACUAGGGUUGAUGAUGAAGCCAUUGGUACUGCCGCGGUAGAUUUUGGCGAGAUUAACUCUCAGGAAACUCAGAAUGACGAGAAGAACGACGAAGUUGAAGUACCUGAAGAAGCCGCUGAAGGUUCGGAGAAGUCAAAUGACGUUAACGACCAAGCAGCAGUGGAGAUUGAUCAGGUUGCUGAAGCUGCUUCAGUUGCCCCCGAGAGUACUUCAGCAGCAACUACUUCAGAAGUUGCUGUAUCGAAACAAAACAGUCCUCGUAUUGUCACGGAAUCAGAAGAGGUAAAACAGGUUUCUCCCAUUAGUAGUACAUCCACCACCAUAAAUUUGACGGAACGAGCCAGGCAGAGGGCUAUGCUAAGACAAGCUGGACAAGCUGGAGUAAUUUCCCCUUCACUGGCGAGAGGCCGCACAAGAGCAGCACCCCGCGGUCGAGGUGCACGUGGUGGUAGACGAGGAGGGCGUGGACCAACAACUGGUGAACAAGCUUGAGCAUUUGAAAAUACAAAGAAGCGGCCCCAGCAAUCAAGUCUGCAGUUUACAGCGAUUGUUGCAACUAUAGAGGCUGCCUUUUGCUUUUCGGUGCAUAGUUACAGUAGUAAAUUUUUUGAGAUGUUUUGCAUAGUGGGGUCUCAUCAAUUUACUUGGUCACUGUUAACAAUAUCCGGUGAAUUUUGAAUGUUGGUUGAUGCAUGGAGAAGGAACUCUUGGAUGAUUUUGAUGUAAAUCUUUUACCCAUAUCUUAAUUUAUGCCCUUCCAUGAGCACCUAAGAUUUUUUUUUAAUUUUUU